AUGGCGGCUUGUGAUCCUGCAAAGAGUGGAGCGAGCUGCGCUGACACUGCUGGGCCACUUCUGCUGCAAGGAAGACAGCACAUCUCACUUGCACUCCAGGCGCAGCGGGCUACCUGUUCGGACGCUUCAGAAGACUGUCGUACGACAGGAUGCUGCAUGAAUUCAGGCUGGACGUGUUACGAGAAGAACGACUACUGGGCAAGUUGUCGGCAGAGCUGUGAGCCGGGCGCCAUCGACCCAAACGACGCGCCGGAGUAUCAGACUCCGUGGACUUGCACCGUCAUCGGGGGCUCCACCCCAUCCCCGUCGCCCUCACCUCCCCCGUCUCCUACUCCAAGCCCGGCACCUAACCCGGUGCCCGGAAUGGCGUUCACCACGGGCACAGCAGGCUCGGGAAAGGCGCGGCUUUUCGAGUUCGUGGAUGCCCUGACUGCUCUGCCAGCAGCUGGAUCCAAGUACAGGGCGGUGCGCUCCUCGGGUGGAGCCGCAGGAGGCGUGGUUAGUGAGAGCCAAGGUUACGGGCUUCUUUUGGCGGGUGCCAUCCUAGCAUCCUUGCAGCCGGAAGAUGCAGACUACCAGCGAGUUAUGGACAUCACUCACGAGAUGUUCCUGGGCUGGCGCCGCAUGUGUGAGCUCUCUGCUGCACGUGGCAGCUGCCAAGACGACGAGGGCUUCCAGUGCGGAGGGGGCAAGUACCCAUGCCUGUCGCAUUGGAAGUUCGAUGACGACUUGACCUACGUCAUCGGAUCAGGUUCCGCCCCAGACGGUGACGCCGACGCCCUGGCUGGCAUGUUGUUUGCGGUGCUAGCAAUGGAACAGGAAAGCUCUCCACCCAGUUGGCUGGACGAGGUUGGCCAGUGGGCUUACGACACAUGCAAGCAGUUCUACAUGAGCUCCACUGUGGCCUCCAGCUCGGGAAACCACCGCAUCGUCAAGCUGGGUGCCUGCUGGGGCGGCUGGGACGGAGAUGGCCAGAACCCCAGCUACCAUGCUCCCGGCGUCUACCGGCUGUGCCGCAACUACAUGAAGUCUCACGAUACCAAGUAUGGCUCCUCCGCCGACGAAGGAGAGAAUUGGGAAGCAGAGUGGAACAAGGUCAUUGCCACCACCUACAAAGUUCUUGAGGCCACGCAGUGUCCUUCCACUGGUCUCGUGCCCAACUGGGCCAAGGUCUAUGAAGAAGGCCAGAGCCUCCGUGCCGAGACGGGCUUCUCUGGUAGCGGCACGCCGGGGGCCGAGUAUGGUUCCGAAGCGAGCCGCACUGUGUGGCGCGUGACACUAGACUACCUCCUCUUCCCACGCGAAGCCGCUGAUGCCGCGGCCUUCCUGGAUCCUCUGGCCACCCACCUGGAAGGCAAGGAGACGAACGGCAAUUGGGCUACAACUCUCGAUGUGGAUGGCAGCUGCUUGGUCGACAGCAUCCACAGCAGCUGGUCCUUCAACAUGUUCAUGGCAGGCCCAACUUUUUCCUGCCUGGUGUGCCCCGCCAACUCCGUGCAGGAGGAGAGGCAGCAGGAGCUUAUUGAUGCUGCUGGCCGGCGAGUGGCUUCCAAGGCCAUCGAAGACUACUACUCGGGCAGCUGGAUCGCCAUCAGCACCAUCACGCUGAACGGGGACAUUUCUCGAGCUGCAGACAGAGUUGGUCUGCUAAGCUCGGGCACGGGCGCCCCGACCCCUGCUCCCACCCCCACGCCCAGCCCUCCAGCGCCACCUGCGACCACGGUGCCCGUAACUUCCACGAUCGCGCCCACGACAAGCUCCGAUUCGACCGGAGGCGUUUGUUCUGAAGCGUCUGAGGACUGCCGCGCUACAGGCUGCUGCGUGAAUGCAGGCUUGACGUGCUACGAGAAGAACGACUACUGGGCAAAUUGUCGGCAGAGCUGUGAACCGGGCGCCAUCGACCCAAACGACGCACCGGAGUAUCAGACUCCGUGGACUUGCACCGUCAUCGGGGGCUCCACCCCAUCCCCAUCUCCCCAGCCGUCGCCCUCCCCUCCCCCGUCUCCUACUCCCAGCCCGGCACCUAACCCGGUGCCCGGAAUGGCGUUCACCACGGGCACAGCAGGCUCGGGAAAGGCGCGGCUUUUCGAGUUCGUGGAUGCCCUGACUGCUUUGCCAGCAGCUGGAUCCAAGUACAGGGCGGUGCGCUCCUCGGGUGGAGCCGCAGGAGGCGUGGUUAGUGAGAGCCAAGGUUACGGGCUUCUCUUGGCGGGUGCCAUCCUAGCAUCCUUGCAGCCGGAAGAUGCAGACUACCAGCGAGUUAUGGACAUCACUCACGAGAUGUUCCUGGGCUGGCGCCGCAUGUGUGAGCUCUCUGCUGCACGUGGCAGCUGCCAAGACGACGAGGGCUUCCAGUGCGGAGGGGGCCAGUACCCAUGCCUGUCGCAUUGGAAGUUCGACGACGACUUGACCUACGUCAUCGGAUCAGGUUCCGCCCCAGACGGUGACGCCGACGCCCUGGCUGGCAUGUUGUUUGCGGUGCUAGCAAUGGAACAGGAAAGCUCUCCACCCAGUUGGCUGGACGAGGUUGGCCAGUGGGCUUACGACACAUGCAAGCAAUUCUACAUGAGUUCCACGGUGGACUCCAGCUCGGGAAACCACCGCAUCGUCAAGUUGGGUGCCUGUUGGGGCGGCUGGGACGGAGAUGGCCAGAACCCCAGCUACCAUGCUCCCGGUGUCUACAGGCUGUGCCGCAACUACAUGAAGUCUCACGAUACCAAGUAUGGCUCCUCCGCCGACGAAGGAGAGAAUUGGGAAGCAGAGUGGAACAAGGUCAUUGCCACCACCUACAAAGUUUUUGAGGCCACGCAGUGUCCUUCCACUGGUCUCGUGCCCAACUGGGCCAAGGUCUAUGAAGAAGGCCAGAGCCUCCGUGCCGAGACUGGCUUCUCUGGUAGCGGCACGCCGGGUGCUGAGUAUGGUUCUGAAGCGAGCCGCACUGUGUGGCGCGUGACACUAGACUACCUCCUCUUCCCACGCGAAGCCGGUGAUGCCGCGGCCUUCCUGGAUCCUCUGGCCACCCACCUGGAAGGCAAGGAGACGAACGGCAAUUGGGCUACAACUCUCGAUGUGGAUGGCAGCUGCUUGGUCGACAGCAUCCACAGCAGCUGGUCCUUCAACAUGUUCAUGGCCGGUCCAACGUUUUCCUGCCUCGUUUGCCCGGCCAACUCCGUCCAGGAGGACCGGCAGCAGGAGCUCAUUGACGCCGCCGGCACCAGGGUGGCAUCCAAGGCGAUCGAAGACUACUACUCAGGAAGCUGGAUUGCGAUCAGCACCAUCACCCUGAAUGGAGACCUUCUGCGUGCAGCCGAUCGGAUCGGCUUGCUCGGAUCAGUGUCCACGACGACCACGACAACAGCGGCCCCGACGACACAAGCCACCACGGCGGUGCCCACGACGACGUCGUCUUCGAGUGGAUCUGAGAAAGUCUUUGCGCCUGUGGACGGAGGUUCUAACAGGGUCUGCCGUGGCAGCAGCCCGUCCGACAACAAACCGGGCUACUAUUUCGUUGUGACUGUUGCCUCCCUGGACGGCUGCAAGUCUGAAUGUGUCGCCUCAAGCGGCUGCGUCGGUCUCGAGUACAAGGGCAGCCGCUGUGAGAUUUGGACGAGGAGCGAGGGCAUUCAGGCCUCCAGGGAAUCCAGUGGCUACACCUGCUUGAGUUACGGAGUUCCCGCGACUUUGCGACCCGGAAACUUCGAGGCGGUUGAUGGCGGCGAGGGGCGGGUCUGUCGUGGCGCAAGUGUCACUGACAACCAGCCGUCGUACUUCCGCGUGCUGCAAGGCACCUCGUUGCAGAGUUGCCAGCGCCAGUGUCAAAUCAGCGAUGACUGCGUCGGCGUGGAGCAUCAUGAAGGUGGGCGCUGUGAGCUUUGGACCCGAACUCUUGGCAUCCAGGCGUCCAAAUCACUUGAAGGCUAUUCCUGCUGGCGCUUCGUUCCUGAGGGUGCUGUCGGGCCCACGCCAAGAGAAGGCGAGUUCGAGGCUGUGGAUGGUGCCGUCGACCGUGUUUGCCGCGGUGCCAGUCCCGGUGACAAUGCUGCAACCUACUUCGACGUCGUCUCUGGUUUGCCGUCUCUGAUGUCUUGCCAGGAUCUAUGCCGGAUCACCAGCAGCUGCAAGGGCGUAGAGUACCAUCAAACUGGGCGGUGCGAGCUGUGGAAGCGCAGCGCUGGUAUCGGCAGCAGCGCUGCACUCGCAGGCUACAGUUGCUGGAGGUUCGUGGAGAAGCUGGAUUCGUGA